AUGGCACAAAGAGUUUCUAUGGACAUUCAGCAACCUUCUCUUGAUCCCAAGACUCAAGGACACGAGGAGGAAGAGCUUUCAGUACGGAUGCGAAAGACUACGCAUAGAAUACAAAGAAAUGAGCAACGCACCGACCAAGGAGAGCCGUUCUCUUUGACAGGCACGAUUCGUACUCGUUUCUCUAACCUCAUAACCAAUACAUCCGCCAUAAUUUCAAAUGAAAGGAGACAGCCCCAACUAUAUCGCAAUUUAAACAAUGCAGACCAGCAGCCUCACGCAAACGAUGAUAGGCAGAAAUGUGUCUCAGGCGCGAAAGAAGCAGACGAAGCCAUCAAAUUGAAAGGAGAAUUUGAUGGCCAACUGGAAAACAAUAAUCAAACUCACUUGGCGAGAGAGAGGCAGUCUGAACGUCGUGUGAGAGAAGAUCAGCAUCGUAUUGAAGAUUCGGAAGACGUAGCUCGCGCAUUACGAGCUAAAAUUGAACAACUCGAGUCUGAAAAGCAGGAACUCAAGUCUCAUAAGCUGGCGCUCGAAUCCGAAAAGCAAGAACUCGAUUUUGAAAAACAGGCUAUUGAAGAAAAACACAACACCUUCAUCUUAAAGCAACAAGAAACGACGUUCAGCCACAUGGCAGGCUCGCGUUGGGCGCCCGUCGAGGAUAGCAAAGUUAUGGAAGACCUUGGUAGGCUGAAGAGAGACAUGAGAAGCUGGGCGAAGAAAGUAUCAUCAAAUGAUAUGGACGCUGUUCUGAAAUCACUUGAUAAGCGUCGGCUAAGAAAUGCGUUGGAACAUGUGGUUGUCUUUGAGCAUGGUGAACUCCCUCAAGGAUUGUCUUCAAGAAAGGUUCCAGCUCUACUUCUAAGCGCACUUCUCGCCCAUGAUAUUUACACAACCAUCUUUCGGGAUCCUUUUUUCUUUCUUGGGAUCGUGGAUUUAGGAGGGGGAUAUGAGAAAACGUUAUUCCGUCAAGGGUUAGAAGAAACCUAUAGGCAGGGUCUCGCCUCAGACGAAGAGGAUACCCAUGUCUGGCGAUCCCACACUUUGAGACUCUUUUUGCCUCCGAUGAAAACUGGGACUUCGGAAGGGGGAAGGAAGAUGCAUGCCAGGACUGAAUAUAUGAUUGAAAAUGAGGCAUAUCGACAAGCUUUGAACUUUCUACACGGUGCAGCAAAACAUCUCAUCGAAGACGAUCAACUCCGAGAAAAUAUUUUUUCCAUCUACCGAGAGGCAGCAAUUAUUUCGUACAAUUUGUGGACAAGAAGAACAAAACUGGUGUGUUAUACUUUACACGAUGGCAUGGGAAGUCGCCUACUGUUUCAUCCCAAUAGCAAGGAUAUGACUGCCCAUUCUUCGGUAGACUAUGGGAGCCACGCGGAUCAGCUCAAAGGAAGACCUAUUAGUAUAAUCCUGCAUCCAUGCUUGAUGGUCUACGGGACUGAUGAUGGAAAGGACUACCACCAGGGGCGUGUAUGGGCACCAGCGGAAGUAUGGCUUGAUAGCAGAAAACCAUCUGCAGAAUAG